AUGCGUCCAGCGGCUUCGGCGGCGCCCCCGUCACCUCAGCCGUCGGGUGCCACACCACAACAGCCUAGCUUAUUCAAGCAAAUGGCCGCAACUGCUGCUGGUGUGGCUGUCGGCUCAGCUGUAGGCCAUUCUAUUGGGAGCGCUCUUACCGGUGGAAGUUCGCAGCCAGAAACUGUUUCCGCCCAGCAGCAACCUGAUGAAGUCUCAACGGCCGUCCCUGCUGCCAAUCCCUGUCAACACUACAUUGAUGACCUAAUACGAUGUUCAUACGUUAACGGUGAUAUUUCACAGUGUCAGUAUGUUGCUAAUGCUCUGAAAGAAUGUAGACGUAUGUACAACCUCCAAUGA